AGAUGCAAGAGAGGAAGGUUUGAUUGAUCGAUAUCAAUAGAUAAUGAAUGAUUCUGUGAUUACAAAUUCUGCAAGGGAGUUCAAAAGAUCUGAUCUCUUUUUUCCAUUGGUUCCUUCCACAGAUCAUCAACUGACCUGAGCAAAGAAACGUACAAGACGUUGCAUACCGCAGACCACAGCAGCAAGAUUUACAUCUGAAUGCAGAUGAUUCAAACCAAAACUUCUCCAAAAACUAAGAAGCAAACAGCUGCCAGAGGGAGCAGACAACAGCCAUGGAUAUGAGCAGACCAAUCUCCAGCUCUGAACUAGAAACUCUUAAACUCUCACUUUCAUCAAGAGGUGGAUGUGACUGAACACGAGGAAGCAACACGAGAGAUUUUGGCUCAGCGCACUCUUUGAGAACUUGUCGCCAAUGACUAAUUGGCAAGAAAUGGGAGAUUCAAAGCUCAGGGAACAAUUUAAAGCUGUUUGCAGCUAGCGAGACCUGAUUGGAAUACAAUAUAAACCCAAGAACACUUGUAGCUAGGUCCUCCUAAUCCCCUCCCCUCUUCCCUGUCACCCCGAAUCCCUAAAGUUACUUCCCCCUGUUUUUCCCCUUCCCCCAGAUCCUUAUUUAUGGUGUUGUUGGUAUUAAGAAUCCAUUUUGGAAGACUUCAAACUUAUCAAACAAGUCUUGAUCAAUGCUGACCUCAGCUCUCUCUUCACCUUCUUCUGGCUCGUGAAGUAGGUGAAUUAAAAACCCACUUUCAACUUCCGAUAGGGUAAGGGUGUCUCUUUAGGAUGGGAGGCCCAGCCAGGGCUCUACUUGGCGGGUUCAGCACCACCACUUCCUCCCUGGAGGUUGGCGGUCAGAUGGCUUGGCCAAGCAACAACCCAAUGGACCUCAACCAAACCCUGUCAUGGAUAGGGCUUGGGGGCGCGGCAGCAAUGAGCGCAGGUCUGGACAAUUUCACCCAGGAGUCUGUCACCAAGGCGGCGAUGAAUGAGAAAAACUGGCCAGCGCUGCUCAUACUCAUCAUCAUCGCGUUGACGAUUGGUGGCAACAUCCUUGUGAUCCUGGCAGUGUCGCUGGAGAAGAAGCUCCAAAACGCCACCAACUUUUUCUUGAGGUCGCUGGCCGUGGCGGACAUGCUCGUAGGCAUCCUGGUCAUGCCAAUCUCCCUCAUCAACAUUCUCUAUGACUACGCCUGGCCUCUCCCCAGCGCUCUGUGUCCGAUCUGGAUCUACCUGGAUGUGCUGUUCUCCACCGCCUCCAUCAUGCACCUGUGUGCCAUCUCUCUGGACCGAUACGUCGCCAUCCGCAACCCCAUAGAACACAGCCGCUUCAACUCCAGAACCAAAGCCAUGAUGAAGAUCGCCGCCGUCUGGACCAUAUCUAUUGGUGUCUCCAUGCCUAUCCCCGUGAUCGGCCUCCACAACGAGGACAAGGUCUUCGUCAACGGCAGCUGCGUCCUCAACGAGGAGCGCUUCAUGCUGAUCGGCUCCUUCGUGGCCUUCUUCAUCCCCCUGGUCAUCAUGGUGGUCACAUACUGCCUCACCAUACAGGUGCUCCAGAGGCAGGCCACUGUCUUCCUGUACGAGGCAAAGACUUCCUCCCAGCAGCCUUUGCACACACCAGCAAUGACAAACACAUUGCAGCCUCCGCCCAGCACCUUCUCCCUCCCUCAGAUCACACUUGAUCCUUCAGACUCACAAGAGUUAAAGCCCCCGCCUCCUCAGAGCAGACGGAGCACCUUGAGCUGUCUGAAAGGAGCCGAGAUGCUCAGCGCCUCGUCGCCAGACAGCAUCAGCAUCAUUCCCAGCACCGAGGUGGCGUCUCAGCUCAGCUCGCCAGCCGCGGGGCCGGGGCGGAGCGACACGUCGGGUUGCCACGGGCGGCGGGGGAUGAUGCAGGCGAUAAAAAACGAGAGGCGGGCCUCCAAGGUCCUGGGAAUCGUCUUCUUCCUCUUCCUCAUCAUGUGGUGUCCCUUCUUCAUCACCAACGUCACCUUCGUCCUGUGUCGGGGCUCCUGCAACGAGUCCCUGCUCAACGACCUGCUCAACGUCUUUGUGUGGGUGGGCUACAUCUCCUCGGGGGUCAACCCUCUGGUCUACACCCUCUUCAAUAAGACCUACAGGAGGGCCUUCUCCAGCUACAUCAGGUGCCAGUACAAAGUGGGGGCCAACGCUGCCGGGCAGGGCUGCAAAACCCUCCUGGUCCCCCCGCCGUGCCCGUCGCACGCCGUGACCCCCCUUCUGAUGGGCGGUCACGGGAAAGGAGGCAUGGACCGCAAUAGCAACUGUCGAAACGGCGGCAGGGGGGACAACGGGAGGCUCACGGUGGACCCGGAGGACAUGACAGAUGACGAGACGCAAAUCGGAAUAGUGUCUCAGAGCCUCUCCGUCGGCAUGCUUUCGGAAACGGAGGUGGAGCAGGAGCUGUCACUCAUCAGCUAUAGCCCCGCCUCCAGAGAACACACCAGCAGCGUGUGAUUGUGUGCUUUUUCUCUGUCGUUUUAUCUUGUCUUCAUUUUUUCAAAACCUGCAGACGCUGGGCCGUUUCGACGAGCUGGCGCUGGAAGAAAACAGAUCGGCUGCAUCGGCGGUGGGUGCUUUUAUUGUGAAAGGAGCCUUACCCCUCUACUCUGAAGUGCAAUACUUACAGCAA